GACAGCCCCGCACACAUGAAGUCUAGCAGAGCUCAGACUUACAUGGAGAGAGCGGAUCGGUCUAUGAUGGACAACAACAUGAUGAACACUGACAGCGAGGCUUGGAUUCAUUCUCUGAAUAAAGACAAUAAAGCUUCCCUUCUGGAGUGGAUAGAAAAGUGUAAUAUUAAUCUUGUACAGGUUAAUGGUCAGAGGAAAUGUGGCGGCCCUCCUGCAGGCUGGGUUGGAGAAGCUCCUCCACUUGGGACAGAAAUUUUUAUUAACAAUCUCCCUCAAGAAAUCUAUGAAGAUAAAAUAAUUCCACUUUUUCAGACUGCUGGAACAUUGUAUGAGUUUCGUCUUAUGAUGACUUUUAGUGGACUUAAUCGAGGGUUUGGUUUUGCCCGUUAUACCACCGUGCACCAUGCAGAGCUAGCGGUUUCCAUGUUUAAUGGAUAUGAAAUUCUACCUGGGUACAAGAUUGGAGUCUGCAAAAGCAUUGAAAAAUGUCAUCUGGAGCUGGAUGGCCUGCCAUGUGCCGUGGACAAAGUCUUCCUUACCAGUGUCCUGAAUGAAGUGACUGUUGACCUGGAGAAAGUGUCUCUCUUCGCUAGCCCUAACAUGGAGAUGAAAAAUCUUACAAUCUUGAAAUACAGUUCCCACCGAGCUGCCACCAUGGCAAAAAGAAUCCUGUGUAAAGGUUCUCAUUUACUGUUUGGUUGCCAGAUCCAGGUAAACUGGAUGAAGAACUCAAUAAAGAAAAAACUGUAUUUAAGGACCCUUUUAAAGCCUCAUUCCAGUGCUCCUCAAAUGAACUUGAAUGUGGAGCCUGCACCCAGUGGUGUGGAAUGCCUUCGCCUCAUCUGUGACCAACUCGGCCAAGGUCAGCCAGUUUACCAAAUCAAGUUUCUCAGUCUUGGCUCAUGUGGAUGGUUGCGAUUUUGGUAUCAGGUAGUCAUACCAAACUAUUGUGAGCCGUUUACUGGAUAUGCCUGGUUGAUUGGGGACAAACUCAUUCCAACUGACAAGUAUGAGCAAGCAAAAGAAAUCGUGGCAUUAAGGAUCCUGGCAAAACUAGGGUACAUCGAUGACUAGGGAUAUCGCCCUUUCAGCUUCUGAAUAUUAUGGUUUUAUGGUUUUUAUAGUGUUGCGCAAAUCUAUAUCGAAUCACAGAAAAGCUACUUGUAUCUAAAACUGUUGCACUUAAAGCACAAAUGGCACAUAACUACUGAAAAAAACAAAACUGGACUAAUGUUUCAACUUAUGACUUUACCCUUGGUAGGAGAUACUGGGGGUCAUAAAUACUUUUUGAAAGCCAUUUUUACUUCUGCACUUUUUCACUUUUGUUAAAUUGUUUUAUUAUCACUUUUUUGUCUUUUGCACCUGACACGUGUUAUUUUUUCAGCUUAAGGUUUAUCAGUUUGUUUUUUUAUAAUCACUUUUUUUUUGCAUCUUAAUGUUUUAAGACGUUUAUGUAAAUUUUAAAAAAUCUGUAAUACAGGAUAAAA